AUGUAUGCUGGCCGCUCUCGUGUGCGUGUAAUGACACUCAAACAAAAAAUUUCCAAUUUCAAAAAAGGAAAUCAAUCCAUGGAUAAAUACCUUCAAGGAAUUAAAGCCAUCUCAGAUGAAUUAUCAAUCAUAGAUCACCCCCUUGAUGAAACUGAUCUUGUGAUUCACACGCUCAAUGGCUUAACCAAUGAGUAUCGUGAAAUUUCUGCUGCACUUAGAAGUAGAGAGUCUCCAAUUGUCUUUGCUGAAUUACAUGAAAAGCUUAUGGACUUUGAAACCAUCCAUCAUCGUGCAGCGCAAGAGGCAGCUGAUAUUGUUUCCACUGCUAAUGUUGUCACAAGAAAUAAAGCGGAUCACUACAGGAACAACAACCGCGACUCCUCCCCUACUCAACGAACUGGUGAAAGAAAAAUUGUAUGUCAGUUUUGUGACAAGCCAGGCCAUGUUGCGAAGAACUGCUACUGA